AUGUGCGAGAUGGAGCGAGCAGAGAGAACCUUAGUCGACAGGUCAGCUUUACUACGUCCAAGUGAGCUUUACAACGUCCGUGCGGGUGAGAAUGAGCAAUGUCAAACCGGGAAAUCAAAAUUUUCCUCACUUCGGCCCAUAACCUCACCUAGGCAGUGCUUUCCACAAUUGCAACGCGAUCUCCACUUUCUGACCAGCGACACCAACUACUCGGUCCGAAAGAUGGCGAAGGAGGGAGAAGAUUACGUUGUCCCAGACGUCGGAGAAACGAUUCGCGCCAUCAUUGACCAGCGAAAAGGGCUCGUCGACGCCAAGGCCCAGACUGCAUUCUUCCGGAAGAUUUUCAAAGACAAUAAUCCUGACCUCCCGGGGGAUGCUGCAACGAGGGGCUACAAGAAAUUCCGAGACAAAUUGCGAAAUGUGGUUCAAGCCAAAUGCCCGCCGCGCUUUAAGAGGGAAAAGAUCCGGCUCAAGCCUCCACAAGUCGACGACUUAUUCAGGCGUGGUGGCACCAUCUUCUCCAAGGAGUACCAAGAGGAGCUCGGCAUCGACUCUAAGAACGAAUCAGCCGAAGAAGAAGAGACAGAAGACGAGGAAGAAUCUGAAGAGGACGCAGAGCCAACUCAAGCAGCAUCACGGAAGCGCAAAGCAAGCAGCGAUGGCACCCAGGCUGAAAAGAGAAGCAGGCCUGUACCCAAGAUCGCGCCGGUUCAUGCGCCAGCCAGACCAUCUGAGAUCGUCCCAGCAGCGGACCAGAACUGCGUCACGAUGUAUAUGGACCGCAUUAAGCACGAAGUCGAGACCGCAACGCUAGAGUACUUUCAGGAGCAUGGAAUCGAUGCCGAAGCUCAAUCCGAGUUUGUGCUCAAGCCCGACCAAGAGCUAGAGUCGUUGUACAGGCUACUUUUUGGUGAGGAAUGGCAGAUGCAUGUCGCCGACCUCCCCGACCGAGGUGUUCUUGUUCGACAGGAUUAUCUCGUCAUGGGCCUCAUCGGCGCUGCUAUCCACAAAGACGUCCUGCGUGCAACUCUGCCAUGGGAUGUGGAGGCCAAGUUUCAUGAUGCUCUUGGUGCCGAUGAGAGAUAUAUGGCUACGGUUGUGGACGACUUGGGACAUACGCUAGAGAGCGUAUUGAAGUACACAGCUGGCAAGCAGAUCUUGGAUGAGGAAUUUCAGAACACACAGGUUGCGCAGCAUGCAAAAUCGUUGGUCGGCACGCUUGCCUUGGCGCUUCAACCGCACCUACGUCGCUUGACCAGACAGGAGAGGAUGGCCGGAGCUGGGAGGCCACUGCAGGCUCAGCGUUGGUAUCGGCAUAUUGAAAGGGCAUACAAGGCUGCAAUUAUCAUCAAGCAGCUUACCUCAUCGUCGGAGCUAGGGCCAUUUGGAUUCGCCUUCGUGAAGCACGGCGUCGCUUUGGGGGAGGAACGCCAUGCAUCGCUCUUUGAGGUGGAGAACGCUCGCAGUGUGCUUCACUUCGUGGUAUCAGGUGUUGUCCGAAAGCCGCGAGACGAGAAACUGCAGCAGAUGCUCUCCGAAGCGCCGCUAGCAUCUCAUCGGGCUGAAACACGAGCAAUUUCAGCAAAUGAAGCCGAUCGUUGGGCGGAUACGUUGCUGAAGCUCUCUCGGCAGGAGAGCCGGCCACAGUAA